AUGGGUGAGAAAAACGGAUUGCCCGAAAGACCUCCGAAGUACGAAGUUAAUCGCGACUUCAUUGCAAUUCUAGAAUCAGCUGGUGAAAAUGACUAUGCUAGCUUCAAAUACGUAGAGAGUCCAGGAUAUGUGUACGCUAAGAACAAUGCACGGUAUCCAACUUUGCCAGAAACUAUUAGUCACUUGAAGUUGUUGAAAGCAUUCGGCGAAUUGAAAACUACAAUUGUUGGUACUAGAGAUCUAGACUCGAGGGAAUCAACCAAGAAAUGGCAAGCAUUUGUAACAAAUGCAUCAAGAAGAUUCAUUUUGUUCAUGACUGCUUUGAAGAAGUCUCUCGAUAGACUGACAGUUGCCCUUGAUGACGAAUCUGAGCUAUACUCGAGAGCGAUAGAUGCUACCGCAAUACAAUUGUUGGAUAAUCUUCUACCUCCAUUGGAUGUGGUGAUGGUUUGGCAUGCAUUCUUGUUGAAUCCUCGAAGCUUUUACGAUAAUUGCAUGCGCAAUGAUAUGUUUUGUUUUGCUAACUUCCCCUUGCCAUUGAAGAAAUUGAAUGAUGCCAUCGAUAACUACUCAUUUUCGUAUAAUCCCUCUAGUGAACUUAAAGACAACUAUUUGAAUCUCAUUAGAAAUACGACUACGGAAAAGGACGAUCUUAUCUACGAUUUCGAAAAAUUCUCAGUGGACGAACAAAGAGUCUCAGUAUAUUGUCCAAUUUGUGGGCACACAUUAUCAGAAAAUGUUCCAUUGGCUGCCGAAUUCUUUAACGGCUUUGCUGAUGAAAAUUUCUCUCAAGAUACCAAGAUUAGUAAUUGCUCGUGUGACUUUCCUACAACCAUAUCGCAUAAUGAACUAAGAAAAAGGCAAUUGUAUGCAGACAUGUCUAGCCCUGUCCCAUUGCCUGGGUUGUAUAAGUUCUUUUCUUGCAAGAUAUCAAAUAACUUUAUUAGAAUUCAAAGGGAGCCUCGGAAAUUAAAUGAGAAUAUAAAGAAAGACUUCAGAACUAGGGUGCUUUCCUAUAUGAGAACGAACUCAUUGGAAAGUAUAAUAAGGGAAUCAAUGAGAAGCAGGCACUAUUGGAAGCAAAUAAAAAUACUUCUUCGGUUGUACUUACUGAUGAACUUGGUCUACUUGACUGUCGACGGGGGUUUACCAAUUUGGGAAGAUUUGGUAGGUUGUGUCUUGAGACAAGAGAGAUUCGUCGAAAAGAUGAACGAACUCGAUUGGCUUCAUUCGCCAGUUAUAAAACAAAGUUUAGCUGAGUCUACCAUUAGGUAUUCUCGCUUUUUCAGUUUAUUAAAAGGAACUAGUACUAUGCUUGUACCAACAAUGGACAUUGACUUGAUUUGGCACACUCAUCAACUAUCACUCCAUUACUAUUUUGCUGAUUGCAUGAAUUCUGAGACUGGAGGAGUCAUCGAUCAUGAUGAUAAGGUUGAAACAGUAAGACUAGAUUCGUCUUUUGCUGAAACGACAAGGUUGUACAAACAACGAUUCAAAGAGGAGUAUUCUAUUUGCUUUUGUUGGUACUGUGUUUGUAUUCGUUCUAAUUCACAGUCAAAAUUGAAAAGGCUUUUCAAGUCUAAAAAGCUAAAGGAAGAUGAAGCAUCAAUUAAAUCCAGUCCACUAUAUGUCAAUUCGUUGGGCUUGACCCAUAUCAGCAUUCACAACGCAAUUGUCAUGCCCUCUACGAUAGCUAAAAGACGACAAGAAUUGAUUGAAAAAAGGUAUGAGAAUAAAACUAAGACCAAGAACCAAAUGCCGUGGCAACUGGACACUCAGGCAUAUGCCUACAGUGCUUAUCCAUUCAUGUUCGUUGUUCCUCCCCUUUCACCAAUCCCUUUUGGACAAUGCACAUUUUAUGAUAGUGGACUUUGCUGUACUGUCAAUGAUAGUUCAAGUGGAUUCAGCGGAAUUAAUGGGUGUGCCUCCACUACUGGAUGUGCAUCCACUACUUCAUGUGCUGGUGGCAGCAAUGCUGGAAUGGGUGGUGGUUGUGGAGGUGCUGGUGGUUGUGGAGGUAGUGGUGGUUGUGGAGGCGGUGGGGGUGGUUGCGGCGGUGGUUGCGGCGGAGGUGGGAAUUAGACUUCGAUAAACUGUAUCUCUAAUUACAUUCAAUCAAAUCCAAUUAAACGUGCUAUAUCUACAAAUAUGAAUGAAAUGUUACUACUUG